AUGGCGCGCGCAUCAACAAUUGCUGUUACUGGCUUCCCUCUAUUCAUGAACCUUUACAGAGAGCUGCGGAUGAAGAUAUGGCAUGAUACAUUGCCAGAUGCUAUCAAACCAGCUUUAUUCCAGUACAAACACGGAUGUUGGCACCUUCUUCAUCUUACGAAAUACGACCCAUGUGGUGAGCAUGACCCGCUGGAUGACACGAAGAACAUGCGUUUAGAGUUCCGCCACAGUAUGUUAGGCCAUGUACAAAUGGAGACGCGCUUAGUAUCGGUUAAUCACGAGGCUCGUGAAAUUGCUGUGGAAUGGGCUCAUAAAAAAGGGUUUGUUGUUCAGAAAAUUGAAGGAUAUCCCAUAUUUUCAUGUCCUUUCAAUCCGGGGCGUGAUAUACUAUACAUUCCACCUAAUAAAGAGUUUAAGUUUUGGACAGAGACAGAUGAUAUACUUGACAAGGCACCACGGGUCAAUCGGAACACCUUGCGAAGAACGUUAGUUCAGAAUUUCGCUAUAAUGGAGUCUACAAUUGAGCACGAUGACCCUCCAAACCUAUGUAGAAUUUUCAAGGGUUUCUUACCCGUAAGAAUGUUGGUCAUUCUCAUCGAGACGAAACUAGGAACAGAAUUUGCUGAUAGGUAUUUAAAUCUACAAAAGCGAUGGGAAAUCAGAACAGGCGGGGCCUGGGUCUGGGACAACCAAAAAAAUUAUGGGACAAGCAUGGUAGAGAGUUUCGUGGCAAAUUGGGACUUUACAGGCGUGUAG